AUGCUCAGAAGAGCUUUCGGCAGCGAGAAACAAGUCGACCCCUCAGACGACGACGACCGCUCGAGGCGCUUGCGCUACCGCUGCCGCGCAACCAACGUCCUCACCAUUGUCUACCUGUUGAGCCUCCUCCUCAUCGCGCUCGCUCUGUCCCUGGCUGAUGCUGAGAAGCAGCGGCAGUCCCUGGCUGGCAAGCGGUACGGUAACCCAGCCAUCAGACUGGACAUCCCGUGGUCCGAGCCUAAAGCUAGGUUCCCAGCCACCGAUCGCCUCAAAGCUGCCGACGAGGAAGGCACUUACGACGAGCUGGAGAAGCUGCGGAUUGCAAAGCGGAUAAGGAAGCUCAGAGAGCAGAGGCGUAAGAGCGACCGAGAAGCGCGAAUGAACGAGGAUGGCGAUGAAAACAGCGCGUAUCACUAUCUAUAG